AUGUCUUUCGGGAUUGUUGUUUCUGAAUGGAACUUUUCUGUCACGGAAAACUUGAUGAAAGGAGCUUAUCAGACUCUUCUUGAAAAUGGAGUAACUCCAGAAAACAUAUUGGUACAUAGAGUACCAGGAGCUUAUGAGCUUCCUUUAGCUUCUCAACUUAUGCUUGAACAUACUGAGGUAGAUGGAGUAGUAGCAAUAGGAAGUGUUAUUCAAGGGGAAACUAAGCAUUUUGAUUAUGUAUGCGAGGCAGUUUCUCAGGGAAUAAAAGAUGUGAAUCUUAAAUUUGGGAAACCAGUCUCAUUUUGUGUGCUUACUGAUAACACUCUACAACAAGGGUUAGAUAGGUCAGGAGGUAAACAUGGAAACAAAGGGGUAGAAUGUGCUGUAGCAGCUAUUAAAAUGUAUGAUGGAUGGAGACCGCCUAAGCAUGAGCCUUUAUUAAUAAUAGGAAUGUGGCUGAACAAUAGAAAGGACCCUCUUUCUGUGAGCCUAGAGAAGAGAGUAGAGCUGUAUCGUAAGUUUUUCCCUGAGAAGAGAGUUAAAUUUGAUUGUAGCUGUGCUAGGGAAUACGAAGAGUUAUAUUUAAAUGACCCGUUAUGGGAACACGAAUGA